AUGAGCUCCCCAGCACAGCCAGGGGCUUCUGUCCCUAAGGAGGAGAAGGAGAAGAAGGGCCUUGGCAAGGUCCUUUCCCGCGUCAAGACCGUCCUAAAGCGAAGCGGCGAGAGUUCCUCCAAGCGUUUGUCGACCAUCGCUUCCAAGAGCACUCCUGCUCCCAAGCCGGAGCCAGUCGUCAAGAGCGAACCCGCCCCUAAGACCAAGGCUGAAGAAGCCCGCGCCAAGUACGAGACCAUGGAGGGCGUGUCUAAGCUCACUCGCAGUCAGCUGUUUGAGGAGCGCGCCAAGAAGCUGGGUGAGCGUUACGGCCUCGACAUCAAGCUCUCCGAGCUGCAGACCGGAUCCCCCGACGACACUGUUCUCCGCAUGGAUAAGCCCAUCCGCAUGCGCGUCCGACGAACCUGCCAUAAGUGCAGUGCGACCUUCUCCUCCGCCAAGGAAUGCCCCAACUGCCAACACGCCCGUUGCACCAAGUGCACCCGUUACCCUCCCAAGCGCACCGAGGCCGAAAUCAUCGCCAGCCGCGAGAGACGGGCUGCUAUUAUCAAGGCCAACAAGGAGAACGCCCCGAUUAUUCCCGACUACUCUUACGCCUAUGAAGACAAGAAGAUUGUCCUUACCCGGCCCAGCAAGACUGGUGGUCAGGACCUUGUUCACAAGAAGCCCCGUCAACGAGUCCGACGAACUUGCCACGAAUGCCAGACGCUCUAUAUUUCCGGUAACAAGACAUGCGAGAAGUGCGGACACGUUCGCUGCACGGAUUGUCCCCGAGACCCACCCAAGAAGGACAAGUAUCCUUUUGGUUAUCCUGGAGAUGAGUUUGGCCCUAGCAGCAUACCCCAUUAUGAGUGUAAGAGCUGCAAGACCAUCUUCCCGAGUGGCGCCGAAAACGGCACCAAAUGCAAGAAAUGUGACCUAGAGAAGAACGAUGAAUCUCCCCGUGUUCUGCCUCGCAAGGUAGAGCCGGAACCCGACCCGGAGAUAUUGAAGAAGCUUCACGCUCGGCUCGAAAACCUCAAAGUUGCAUGA